AUGACUGCCCACUCAAUACGGCUACCCGAGGACAUGUACCGGUAUUCGGUGAACGGAGCCUGUUCCCUUAGCGGAAGGGACCGCCAUAACCCCUCUCCCGCGCUCCCGACAAAUUUUCAUAACUUAUUCAUGGCGCAUACAGGGAAUGGUUCAGGAGCUGGCGUUGGCUUAGGCGUCGAUCCGUUCGUCCCAACGACCAAGAUGGCGGCAGCAACAGCGGCAGUUGCAGCGGUGAGCCUCGCGGUGCCACGACUGUCACGGCCGUCAAGACCACAGUUGCUGCUGUUGGCGCCAACGGCGCCAGCGGUGACUGGAUUGCGGGGACCGACGACAGGUCCUGUCGUCGUCACGGCCACCGCCACCGCAGGCGCCACCGCUGACGUCAGCGAUUUGAGGGCGGACUCGGAUGUUGAGCUCGUUGCGCGGAUGGCGAUGCAGCAAAUGGGCAGAGAGUACGGCAGCAAGCAAGCGGAGCUGGUUGAGAAGCUGCGGGACGAGAUGUACGACACUGCGGCGGCGUUUGCGGAGCUCCGUGAGAGCUUGCUGCCGGAGCUGGCGCAGCAAUGGAAGGCCCCGCACCGACUACUGGCUACCAUGCACCGAAUUGCCGUGGACGCGAUGACCGCCGCCGCCGCCGCCGCCGCUAGUAGCGGCGCAGUAGCGGUGGGAGCGGCGGCGGGAGCGGCGGCGGGAGCGGCGGCGACUGAAACGACAGCUGCGCCACCUUCACCGCCUCUCAUCUCCUCUAAACCUUUGGUCACAGCAGCCGCAGCCGCUGCCGCAAUGCCUCUGCCGGGGCAGCGGCCGCCUGAGCCGCCUCUGCCGCUGCCGUCUGCGGCUGCAAUUGAGGGAGGAGGGGAGACGGCAGGAAGGGAGCGCAGGCGGCCUUCGCUGUUGGAUCCGUACGACACUGGUGAAGUAGAGGUCUGGAGUGAUGAGGCCCAUUUGGAUCGACAAGAGGGCGCUGCCUUGGCCCUCCGUUACAAGGGGAAGGAGGAGGAAGGACAAGACAAUGUAGGAGGCAACGACGAGGAUGAUGAUGAUGAUGACGAGGAGGAGGAGGAUGGUAUGGAUGUAGGUGUGAAAGGGCGAGAUGGUGGCGGUACGGCAAAAGGGGAGGCAGGCCGCCGCAGCCGGCGUUUUCCUCAUCGGGCGCAGGCGGCUCCGCAGUACUCUGGGCGCGGAGGAGGAGGAGGAGGAGGAGAGGAAGGAGGCGGCAACGUGGACUACGACGACGAGAAGAAGAGGGACGAAGAUGAGGGUGAAGAUGAAGGCAACGACAACGGGAUGGCUGACGCGGAAGAGGAGGAGGAGGAGGAGGGCAGAGGCAGCAGCGAGGUUGGAGGUGGCGGUGUUGUAGAUGUUAUGGGGCGGAGGAGGAAUGGAGGCGGGCGGCAGCAGCAGCAGCAGCAGCAGCCUGAGCAGGCGGAGGAGGUGGAGGAGGUGGACAUCCGGGCUUUGAGCAUCAUGGAGCGACGCUGCCCCAGUAAGGAGGCCGAGACGCCCCCCGCACUGGCCGCUGAGCUGCGGGAAUUUGAAUCCUUCAGUUUGUACGGCUCCUUCACGGGCUCCCAGUUGGGUGAGUCCUGGCGGGCACUUGGUUGGCUUCACCGCGUGGAGGGGGUGGCUGUGGGGGAGUUGCGACUGGGGCUGCUGGUGCCCGGGACCCACAGGGGGGCGGCCAGGAGGGUGCACGCCUUCCUCACGUGGCAGGAACGAGAUCGCGGUGUGUGUAAGCGCAGUUUGUCUCGCAGUCUGGCGGCCCUCAUCCAGGUCACCAAAUUCCUGUACCACGAGCAGUCGCAGGCACGUGAGGGAGAUAAGCCGUACAGCGACCUGGAGAUCAUAAAGAGCUUGAGGGCCAUGUACAUGUACGUUGCGGAACUGAGGAAGGAGUGCGCCGCUCUCAAGUCCAAUGGCCGCCCGCGCAGCCCGGUGGAUGUGGCCAUGUCGCUGCAGGCCUACCUCAUCGCGGCCAUACUCAGCUGCGUUCCGGACAGCUGGUCCAUUCGGCACACGCACGCGGACUACAAGACGGGGGGCACCUACGGAGAGCGGCCGCCGCUGGUCAUCGACCCGAGCAUCUACUACGAACUGGAGGAGUUUAUCUGCACAUGGCGCGCACACCUGAAGCCGCAACACAACUUCCUGUUCUCGAAGCGUGACGGCUCCGCGCCCCUGACGGCUCAGGAGCUGUCUCGUUCCUUCUCCCUCAACGUAUUUCGACUCACAGGUCGCAAGCUCAACCCGCACAUGGUGCGAGACAUGGUGGUCACGUACGCCAGGAGCGGCCACGCCAGCGAGCACGAGCUGGAGGCCCUUGCCAUCUACAUGGGCCACAGCCUGGCCGAGCAACGCGGCACGUACGACAGACGAACGAAGGCGGAAAAGGUGCAGCCCGCGAUGGGGCUGCUCGCAAAAAUCAGCGGUGCCAGCGGCGCUAGCGCCAAGACAGGCGCCGCAGCCGGCGUUGCCGCUGCCGGUGCAUUGGCAGGCGCUGCCGCCACCGCUGCAUCGAUAGUGCCGCUGAACGGAGUUAGCCAGGGCGGGACCGGAGGACGCCUUGCCGUUGGCGCGGGUGCUGCAGCGUCCAGUUCGCUGGGACCAACGGGGCCAGCGGCGCAUUUCGCUGCUGUGCCCGUGGCGCAGCAUCAGCAUCAGCGGCCGCGGAUGAGAACGAGGAAGAAGGCGGACGGGCUCAUAUCCGGUACCAAACCUGAUGCCGACUAA